GCUGGGAUGGACUGAGGAGUAACGCCUCCCUCACCUUGCUCUCCAUCCUCCUCCCUCCCUUCUCGUCUGUCUCACACUCUCUCCAUCUGCUUCAGGAGCCGCUGCAUCCUUUCUUCUGUCCAAGUCCUCUCUAUUCUUUCUGCCUCCCCGGCCAGGACAGGAAAAGGAGUAGUAGCAGGGAGAAAUCCAGCAACAAUAACAGGAAGAGGAUGAAGGCCCUGACCCGCCUGUGAGAGUGGACAUUGGUCCGGACAGCUGUGGCCCGGCGCUCUGGACUUCUGGGUGGGAAACGCACAUCAGGAGGAGGAAGACUGCUGGAGGCAGAUCGAGAUACAGAGAGAAUCUGGGGAGAAACAGAAGUUUCUGAUCUUUUGAAUCAACCUUACAAGAAAAUCCUCCUGGAAUAUUAGACAACUUUUAGACUCGGAAGGUCUUCAGAAACCGGACAUCUUCAUCCUCUCUGAAGAAAAGGAUUGACACAAAGAACAGGAUAAACCAGCACCUGUUGCUGUCAUUUCUGCUCAAAACUAAAACAUCAAAAGUCAGGAGAAGCUCAGUGGCUGGACCAGGAGGGGUUUUUCAGAAAUCUGAUCACUGCCAGAAUAAAGGAUCCAGCCUCAUUGGCUUCAUCUUUGUGGUGAUGGAGUGUCUUCAGGUUUGGACUGCAGGACUCAUGACCACUUUGGCCUUUUUUAUUGUAACUAUGCAUGAAUCUGGACUUCCAAGGGUGGUGGCUCACAGACUAGAUCAUGCUGAUGGGGUGAACAAAGAAUCACAUGUGGUACUGACCAGACAGAAGAGAGAAUGGCAAUGGAACUUUCUGUAUGUGGAAGAGGAGAAACCAGCUCCCGUCCCCUACAAGAUUGGACAGCUCAAGUCAAGUAAGAAGGAUUCAACAAUGAAUUUUGAAAUAGAAGGCGAAGGAGCAAACAGCAUCUUCACCGUGGAUCGGGGUGGAGACCUGUUUGUCACCACAUCUCUGGACAGAGAGAAGAAGGCUUCAUACAAUCUGACUGCUAGAAUGUAUGAUAAGGACAACAACCUGGUAGAGGAUGCUGGACACUUUGUGAUUCACGUGACUGACAUCAAUGACAACAGCCCUGUUUUUUCACAAACAUUCAACGGAUACAUCAUGGAGAGGUCUAAAAUUGGAACUUUUGUUACCAAGGUGACAGCGACUGAUGCAGACGACCCCUCCACUGCCAACGGAGUCCUCAAGUACUCCUUGGCCAAAGGGGGAGAUGUUUCUGCCUUCAGCAUAAGUGAAACCACAGGUGAGAUCAGCUGCAAGGUAAACACUCUGGACCGAGAGAGCAGGAGCCAGUACACUGUAGUGGUUAAAGCUCAGGACUUGAGAGGUCUGGCCUCCGGCAUAACGGCCACCACUUCAGUCACCAUUACCAUCACCGACGCCAACGACAACACGCCGUCUUUCAGAAAACCAAAAUAUGAAAUGAAGGCUCCGGAGAACCACAAGCUGAAUGAGGUGAUCGACACUCUGCUGGUGGACGACAGAGAUGAGCUAAAGAACAAGAAGCCUGUGUUCAGGAUUCUGAAAGAAGAAUACAAUAAAGUUUUUGGCAUCCAGCUUGAUUCAAACAAGAAUGGCAACCUUGUGCUCAAACAGGCUUUAGACUACGAGAAAACACAGAGAUACACUUUCACCGUCCAGGUGAAAGAAGAUCUAGAGUUCCCUGCAGACAAUCUGAACACUGCAAUCACCAGUGCACAGGUAACUGUGGAGGUGACAGAUGUGGACGAGCCGCCUGUUUUCUCAGAGACCGUCUACACCUUUAAGGUGCUGGAAGAACACAUUGUGGACCAAAUUGGGAUAAUCAAAGCCAGUGAUCCUGACAGAGCCAACAAGAGUAUACGGUACAGCAUUGAAGAAGAGGGCUGUCCGAUCAGCGUACACCCAAUCAAGGGUCAACUGUCCACAGUGAGGAGGCUGGACAGAGAGCUGCAGGCGACACACGUGUUUCAUGUUAAAGCGCGGGAGGAGCCAGAUGGUUUGGAGUCAGUUGUAAGAGUUCACAUCGAUGUGCAGGACUACAAUGAUCACGAGCCUGAACUGGACGAUGUCGACGCCUUUGUCUGCGAGAACGACACCACCAAUACGGUCAUUGGAACUUUGAAAGCUAAUGACGAAGACGACCAACCAGCUACUUUUACCUUCAGCUUAGCCAGUCCAAGUUCAAACUUCUCCAUCAAAGACUUCGGCAACAGCUCAGCGGUCAUCCUGGUGAAGCAGGGACCCUUCAGUGUGGAUGACCCCAAAGAAUACAGCGUGGAUGUGCGAAUCAGUGAUGGAGGGCAGCCCGUCAAGACCAGCGUCACCAAGCUGGCCAUCAAGUCCUGCCGCUGUGAUGCUGGGAGGAUUACUAAGUACUGUAAACCAGGAGCUCGCAGGAUGGGAGUCAGUUUUCAUGCCCUCAUAGCCAUUCUGCUCUGCAUCAUCACCAUCCUGGUCAUAGUGAUCCUGUUUGCGGUGAGGAAACGCUACCAGAAGGAUUCUCUGGCCAGCAUGAAGAACAGCGGGGAGAUACACGAGCAGCUGGUCACGUACGACGAGGAAGGAGGAGGAGAGAUGGACACCAACGGCUACGACGUCUCGAUCCUUUCGUCUGCCUGUCAGGAUGGCUCACUACUGCGCCACUCGGACCACCACGCCCACCCCUCUCUGUACGCAAUGGUCCAGAAAUCCCAGCAUCGCCCACAAGCCCCUGCUUGUAAGGGCGACAUGGCAGCCAUGAUCGAGGUGAAGAAAGACGAAGCAGAUCACGACAGAGACGGAUUUCCGUACGAUACUCUCCACAUCUACGGCUACGAGGGACCCGAGUCUUUAGCUGGAAGUCUUAGCUCUCUGGAAAGCUCUUCGUCCGGCUCAAACUUGGAUUAUGACUUCCUCAACGACUGGGGUCCAAGGUUCAAGGCCUUGGCUGAGUUGUACGGAGUAGACAGCUCCGACUACUACCAUCAGUACUGAUGGAGCGCCAAAACAUGAUCGAAAAAAGCCAUAAAAAACAUCCUCACACUGACCAACAGUCAUCAGGUGGGAAAUAUACGCAUACAUCUAUAUAUAUUCACGUCCAUGUUCUCUAGAGACUUCUUCUGCUUCAGUACUCACCUGUAACUAAGUGAAUCCAUCAACAUGUUGUGACUCUGGUUCAAAAUCCUUUAGUUCCUAAUCACAGAAGAACUUCCACGAUCACAUCAAUCUCUGUUUACACUACAAUGUUUUAAGAAGAACAAUGGGAAGUGGAGAAACUUCAUCUAUUCUGCCAACGUCGCACAGGUUUUGCAGCAAGAGAACUUUCUUUGGCCCUAUGACAGGUGAAUUAGACGGCUGCUGGCCAGCGAUGUUGCCCCGUUAUCUCUGCUUUUCCUGCAUUUAUGUCUUCACAGCACUGAAUAGAAGGGAAGUUUUUUCAGACGUACUUUGUCAGUAGAUAACAGAACCAGACACUUAUUUCAUUGGUAAAAUGAUGACAAUCAAAGUUUGAGUUUUGCUUAUGAUUGUUUGAAAAUUACUGGAACUUGAAUCUUUAUCAUGAGAAGUCUUGUGCUCUUUUCGUACUUUUGUGUGUUUGCUUUCAAUGACAAAUAUCUAGAUUUUCAGGAUUUUGAGGUUUGGUAAACAUCUGGGCAGCUUCACAGCCCAAAGCUCCAAAGGUUUUAAUGUAUUUUGUAUUUUAAAACACUAUUAAGGAACAGUAAGGAACAGUACAAAGGAACAAUCUUAGGGUAGUUUAAGCUCAGGAAGGCCAACAUGUUGGGCAGUCAUCCAUGUUUUGUGACUAACAAAUAAUUAUAAAUUUAACAUGAAUUAAAAGGAAAAAGAAAGAUGUAACAGUGACCUCUAUUUCUGUAAUAGAGUCAAACAACUUGUGCGGUUUUGUCCAUUUUAAGUCAUCUACCGUUCUGACAGCAGAACAAACAAUAGACAGGCGGAAAAGACUCCUCUGCUGCUCUGACAGAAUUACAGUCUGCUCCCAGCUUUUAUUUGACAGAAACUGUCACGACCAUUAUUACUGCGUUGAAAGCUGUGUCCUGAGAGGCCCAUUCAAACAAAAGUAAUUCACAAGAAUCAGGAAGCUCUGACUUGUUGAGUUGCUGCAGAGACUCUGAUGAGGCUUGGAUAAGUUUAACCUCUCAUCCUUUCUGGCUUCUGUUGGGUGUUUCUGAGCAGAAACAUGUCAAGUGAAACUGAAAUUUUACAUUUGUAUCCAGUUUUCAUCCUAACUCAACAACCGCCAGUGUUGCACAUAAAAACAUGUGAGACACAACUCAGUUAAAACAAAUGAAUCCCUGUUCACAUUUUAGAACUGUCCUCUAAAGCUGUUCAAAAUAAGUCAAAUACUACUGUACUACUUUUAAAAACUCUUUACAGAAAUGUAUUUGUAAUGUAUUUGUUUAGACCGCUUUGCUUUUACUGUCCUUUUUUUUCAGACCUAGCAAGUAUAUAGAUUUAAUGUAUAACUUCCACUUUUAAAACUAAGCAAAUCUUUUACGUAUGGCUCACCUAAGCACUACUAACCUUAAAUGUGAAAACCUGUAAAGCUUCAGCUAAAACCAACAAAGUGGAUCUGAUGCUGAAUGGUUCUAGUAUCAAGAAUAAAGCUGGAGAUCGUGCGAGGCUCUAAACUGGCAGAACAAUGUUCACGUUGAAAAAAAAAACGAGUUUGGAGCAAGCAGAGCAUUUCUCUUUUUAUUAUAUCACAGUACAUAUUUAUUCUACUAAACCAAUUUCAUGAAAUAUGUUAAAACUCUGUCAGUAAUCGUUCUUAUUAAACAAAAACAUGGGUGGUCCUUCUAUAUAGUCCCACACUAGUUCCUGUGAAGUUUCUCUUUUGUGUCUGCUCCACCUCAGCUUUCAGUGGGGAAAACCACGGCAGCUCAGAAUGACACAAAAAACCCAACGCAACAAUUCAGUCUGUUCAAA